UCGAGCAGCGGUUCGGUAAAGAAAAUCUCUUAUACACUAUGUAAUAGGAAGCGUAGUGUACCCAUGUAGUUCCAAGCCCCAUCAGUCAACAUGGCAGACACCCCGGCAGACACGAAGAAAGAACUAUCCGAAAUUGUGAGCGGCUCGUCAGAAGUAACAGAACAAGUCCAACCCCGUCUAAGGAAAAAAUCAAAAUACGAUGGACCAAACCAGGAGUUUUUGCAAAUGCUGAUGAAUUUAGGGAUAUCCAGAAAUGCAGCAGAGAAGGGUCUUUUCAUGACCUAUAACAGUUCUGUUGAUGCUGCAGCUAGCUGGGUCUUGGAUAAUCAACAUUUGCCAGAAAUCGAUGAACCUUUUAAGGUAGAGGAUUACAAAAUCCCGGCCCUGGAAGCUUGUCCAUUUGAGAAGACAUUUCCCUUAGAUGAAAAGACGAUAAAGAGUCCUUACAAAAUGGUGUUUGUUGUAAACACAGAACUCAACAUGGGUGUCGGCAAGGUAGCUGCCCAAGUGGGCCACGCAGCUGUAGGUCUCUACAAGAUUUUGUCAUCACAGUCACAAAAGUACGACCACAUGCUUGCACAAUGGGAUGAUUUUGGGGGAACAAAGAUUGUACUAAAAGGUGACAACUCUGCCCACCUUUUUGAUCUAGAAGACCUGGCUAGAAAGGCUCAUAUACCUCAUUACCUGGUCCAUGAUGCUGGAAAGACACAGAUAGCUGCAGGUUCAUUGACUGUGAUUGGUCUCUUUGGUUCAGCCUCAGAAGUGGGAACUCUAACAGGAACUUUAUUGUUAUUGUAAAUCAAGUCACUCGCCCAUACCAAGGCUACAUAUGAGGUUGAUCUUCAAAGUUAAUUUACAACAUAGAUAAACUUUGUUGGAACAAUUACAGAGGAGUGUGAUUUUAGCAGCAUUUGUUUGAUUAUGAUUAAAAAAAACAUGUUCACAAAAAUAACGAUGUCUUUCAUUCACCUUUGGUGUAAACACACCUUAUUUUCUGUGCAAAGCACAUUGUAACCCAUGUUUCUUUCUAUAGUAAUUUACAAGCUUGUAAAACUUGUCAGUGUGUACUCUGAGUCAGAUCAUGACUUGAAGAAAUGUAUAGAACCUUUAUAAAGAUUUAUCAGUCUCUAAGAACAUCUUGUUUUAGUCCAACAAAUAAAGUGGUCUCAAAUGUGAUUUCAGUGGUAGCAGUCAAUCAUUGUCAUAUACACAUGCAGAUUUGAACUGAACAGGUUUUCUCAAUAGACCUCCCAGCCAGCAAGGUGUGAAUGUGAACAAAUAAUCCUCCCAGUUGUGACUGAAUGGAUAUUUCAACACAUUCAACAAGGUUAAUGUUAAUCUCAUGAUCACCUCAUUUUUCUGUUGUAAUGCUCCACAUUUCAAUAACAAACAAAACGUCUUUAGUCACCUGCAUCCAGUUUGCUGGCACCAAUUUCCUUCUAUUUACAGCUGUAUCAACAAGCAGGGUCUAAAGUUGAUUUAUUGAGUAUUUUAUCUGUAAUUAUAGCAGAGCUCCAGCGCCCCGUCAAGUGGAGCCUCAUACCAUAUAGAAAAGAAAAGGAAACCCAUGAAUUGAUUUUCUCAUGGUUAUUAUGGCUAGCAAGCGGUAUUGCUCGUAGGCAUGUGGACACGACGACAAAGGCAGGGACAGAGUCACGCAAGAUAGCGGCCAUACUCCAGCUAAUAGGAUGACAGAGACAUACACCCUUGGUUUAUAGCAUACUUCUUUGAUAUGUAUUCUGAUAAAAUAAGUUCAAAACACACACAAGCUGUACCAAACUAUCUAACUGUAAGAUACACAGACUUGAAGUCUUUAAAAAUAACAAGUCAAGCUUAAAAACUUACAUUAUGAUAAUAAAAUAAGAAUUUCAUGCCCCAGAUGUGUACCGCUCUGGGUGCUGACACCUUAAGGCUAUGAAAUCUGUACAACAGUACUAAGUGCUCUACUUGUAGUCUUGAAUAACAAGUCAAGAUUAGAAACUUAUAUUAUAAUAAACACUUCAUGCCUUUGCUGUGCACCACUCUGGAUGCCGACAACUUAAGGAUAUGAAAACUGUACUACAGGACCACUCUACUUGUAGUCUUGAAUAACGAGUCAAGAUUAAACACUUAUAUUAUAAUAAACAUUUUCAUGCCUUUGCUGUGCACCACUCUGGGUGCCGACACCUUAAGGAUAUGAAAACUGUACAACAGGACCACUCUACGAGUAGUCUUGAAUAAUAAGUCAAGAUAAAAAACUUAUAUUAUAAGCAUGUCAUACUUUUGAUGUGCACCACUCUGUGAAAACUGUACUACAGGAACACUCUACUUGUAGUUUUGAAAAACAAGUCAAGCUUAACUUGCAUUACACUGAACAUGUGCCCUAAAUGUACACCACACUGGGUGUCAACAUCUUGUCACAUGAACACUCACAUAUAAUAUACAAUUUUUGUAGAAUAUGUCAACCUAGCAUACUUUAAGUUCAUAAUUACAUUAAAUGUGGCCUUGGUACAGCACACUGGCUGCCAACACUGGCAAUAAAACACUACAUAAAACUUCCCUAUUCUACAAUCUGAAUAAAAUGUGUUGGCUGCUUUCAAAAUAUGAUUGAUAAUACAUUGUAUAUGUCAAUGUCCUUUCUUCUCUAAACGGUCAUUGGUGUAAUCAUGCCACCUAAGAUGCGACACUUACUAGUCAUUUUAUGACUCUGUAAUCCUGAAUAACACGAAUCAUGCCACCAUAGGUUGGUUGCCAUAAAUCCCAGGGUAGUCAAUCAAUUGAAACUAAUAUUGUAGGGAAAUGAAAGCCUGUAACAUGGCUAAAACACAUACAGGGUGGUAAAGUCCACGCUGUGUCUACUUUAUGGGCUGAAAAAUCUGUAACAGACUUGUUUCAUUUGACAUUUCUGACUUUUAUCAUGUAAAGGUGCCCAGGGACAAUCAUUGUUAUUAAAAAGUAACAUCUGUAUAAAUAUGGAUUGUCUAAACUGUACUGAAGGUCAAAGGGUCAAAAACAGGCUGAAUUUUAGCAUUAUGGAGGGUCACUUGAGAUUCUCUUUUUUUGGCUCCUUCGUUGUAACUUGACUGUGCAUUGCUCGAAAAUGAGGGUGAAUUACUUGGAUACUUAAAUAUGUGUAAAUGUGAAAUCCAAAAAAAAAAAAAUUGAGAUGGAUGCAUUUAUAUAUUUGACCUGUGGCCCAGUUGCUUUUAAACCAUACCUAUGUUAUGCAAAAUGGUAUUUUAGAACCUUUAGCUCCAAAAUAUGAGGUUUUGUGGGAAAAGUUAAGCAUUGUAUUUCUAGAAAUAUCUCUCUGAGUGCAUUUGAAACCUAUAUUCUUGGUAUUUAAUGUUUUGGUUAUAUGCGUA